AUGGCAGCUGCCCGUGGCGAUCGGGCCAACUCUAUGAUGGCGUCCAGACGUCGCAAUGAAGCGGAAUCACCUAAAUAUGGUUAUAACCUCUCCCGUCCCAUGUACCGUUCCAUACGUCGCAAUAAUGGACCAUCAUCGCAAUGUCAUACUACAACAUUGGGUGGCUCAUAUCCUUAUACCACGGCAACGAGUCAUUAUGGUUCGGCAGUGUCAUCCUCGUCGUCAUCAUCAGCACUACAGCAACAUCAAAAAUUGUUGCAACAACAUGAAACGGGUCAACAGCAGCAUCAGCAGCACCAACACCAACAACAACAUUUACAUCAUCACAUUAUUGGCAUUGAGGACGAUGUUUAUACUAAUCCAGUUAGUAAUGUUCCAACGUCGUACGACGACAUGGAGGAUAGCACCAGCCUUUUUUCACCUCUUGCACCGAGCAGUACAACAACGAUGCCAGUCGAUACGGCUGUCCUGAUAGCCCGAAAACAUCGUUUGAUGUCUUCCACUUCGAAUUCCUCACAAAAUCAACUGCAUUCCUCGGCGACGACGACGACGAUGAGAACUGCUGGCGAAAUGAUGAUGGAUGACUUGAUGGAUGUGGAAUCGAGGCAACAUCAUCACUCCUAUGUUGGUAGUCAGGCGGCAGUGGUGCGACUACCCAAUUCAUCGGCAUCGCGUAAACUCUCCUCGGCAUAUUACAAUGAAAGUGAUGAGGAUGACGAUGAUUAUGCCCAAAUUGUAAGAUGUUCAUCGGGCGAUUCGGCCACAGCAAUGACAGCAACUACGCUAGGUAAUCGACAGCCGCAAACAAUGCUAAUUGAUCAGCAGCUGAACCAGCACCAUCACCCUCAGCAGCAGCGUAGUAUACGAAAUCACUCGAGGAGAUCGAGAAGGAGAAGUAGUAGUGGUGGUGGUAAUUUUGAUGAUAGUGUUAAUGACAAGACCGUUCAUGCUGAGGAUGCUGAUAGCGAGGAUGAAGAUGUAUACGAUGAUGCCGCUGAUGACGACAAUGACGAUGUUAGCAUUGGCAAUGAGAUUAACAAGGAUCGAAAAAGAGCCAAUUAUUUGGAAAAUGGCAAACGCCUGUCACAGAAAUUGAAUGCCAUGCCAAGCAUUUAG